GGGCAGAGCAAGGAGAAGGAGAAGAUGAAGGAGGGCAAGGAGAAGGAUGCCCGCUACACCAACGGCCACCUCUUCACCACCAUCACCGUCUCCGGCAUGACCAUGUGCUUCGCCUGCAACAAGAGCAUCACGGCCAAGGAAGCUCUUAUCUGCCCCACCGCCAUCCGGGAGCGCCCCAACUCGGCCAUCUACCCCUCGGAGAGCUUCCGCCAGACGCUGCUGGGUCCCCGCCGCGGCCGACCCUCCCUCUCCCUCUCCAAGAGCGUCUCUACCACCAACAUCGCGGGGACGUUCAACGAUGAGUCUCCCCUGGGGAUACGGCGGAUCCUGUCCCAGUCCACGGACUCCCUCAACAUGCGCAACCGCACGCUCUCCGUGGAGUCGCUCAUCGACGAAGGCCCCGACGUCAUCCUCAACCAGCUGAUGAGCGACUUCGAGACGGACGGGAAGGACUUCGAGGCGGAUUCCUGGAGCUUGGCCGUGGAUAACAGCUACCUGCAGCAGCACAAGAUGGACGUCAUGAAGCGCCAGGACGUCAUCUACGAGCUGAUCCAGACGGAGAUCCACCACGUCCGCACGCUGAAGAUCAUGGCCAACAUGUUCCGCAAGGCCAUGCUGGACGAUCUGCAGGUGGACCCGGGCACGGUGCAGAAAAUCUUCCCCUGCGUGGAUGAGCUGAGCCAGAUCCACGAGCGGUUCCUGGCGCAGCUCCUGGAGCGUCGCCGGGAGUCCCUGGCCCACGACAGCAACAAGAACUUUGUCAUCAACCGGCUGGGGGACAUCCUCGUCAACCAGUUUUCGGGCGCCAGCGCGGAGCAGCUGAAGAAAGCCUACUCCGAGUUCUGCAGCAAGCACACCAAAGCCGUGAAGGAGUACAAGGACCUGCUCGCUCGCGACAAGCGCUUCCAGCAGUUCAUCCGGCGGAUGACGCGAUCCCCGCUGCUCCGACGUCACGGGGUGCCCGAGUGCAUUUUGCUGGUGACGCAGAGGAUCACCAAGUACCCGGUGCUCAUCGAGCGCAUCCUGAAGAACUCCAAAGACAACGAGGGUGACUCCGCGGACCUGUCGCGAGCGCUGAAGCUGGUGAAGGAGCUGAUCUCCUCCAUCAACGAGGAGGUGCACACGUGUGAGAUGAACGCGCGGCUGUGGGACGUCUACAGGCGUGUGGACGGCCGGGCCAAAGUGCAGCUGCCAUGGGAGAGCCGCGCCGGCGUUUUCGGCAAGGACGAGCUCCUGCGGCGUAAGCUGGUGCACAGCGGCUGCAUGCUCUGGAAGACGGCGGCCGGGCGCUUCAAAGACGUCCUGGUGCUGCUCAUGACGGACGUCCUCAUCUUCCUGCAAGAGAAGGACCAGAAAUACACCUUCCCCAUGCUGGACAAGCCGGCCGUCAUCUCCCUGCAAAACCUCAUCGUGCGGGAUAUCGCCAACCAGGAGAAGGGGAUGUUCCUGAUCAGCGCGGCGCCGCCGGAGAUGUACGAGGUCCACGCCGCCUCCCGCGAUGACCGCAACAACUGGAUGAAGGUCAUCCAGCAGACGGUCAGCCUCUGCCCCAGCCGCCAGGACUUUCCUCUGAUCGAGACAGAGAUCGAAGCAUCCUUACGCAAGCUGAAAGACGGCGACGCCGGCAGCUUCAACGGCUCCCUGGAGUUCUGCAGGGCGGAUUCGGAUGCUGGGCAGCGGGAUGGGAACGGCAACCAGCUCCUGCAGAGGGUACCCCAAGAGGAGAUCAACCAGCGGCUGGUGAACCUCUACACCCUCCUGCACGGGCUCCAGCAGCUGAGCCACAGCCCCCACCCCGCCAGCCUCUCCUUCCACCACCCUGCCUUCGCCCCCUGCUCCCGGGAGGAGCUGGAUUACCGGGGGGGCGAUCCCGACCGGCUGCGGGAGGGCGAGGACGUCCUGGACGCGCUCCUGGAGGACGAGGACUUGGGGAGCCGCCGCUCGCCCCCCGCCAGCCCCCGCGCUCCCCCGGAGCCGCUCGCCACCCCCCAGGUCGAGAGCUGGAACAAGCAGGACCAGAAGCUUUUGGAGGCGGUGGAGAAGGGCAACGUGGGCAGGGUGUCUGCCCUCGCCUCCCGCAAAACGGCCCGGCCCGCCAAGCUCAACGCCGUGGGGCAAUCCGCCUUCCACCUGGCCGCAUCCAGGGGCCUCACCGAGUGCCUGACGCUGCUGCUGGCCCACGGGGCCCCCGUUAACGAGAAGAACGAUGACGGCAGCACCGCUCUGCAUCUGGCCACCAUCGCCUGCCAGCCCCAGUGCGUCAAGGUCCUGCUGCAGUACAGUGCCAAUGAGAGCCACGUGGACGGGCAGAACCGAACCCCCCUGCACUGGGCUGCCUCCUCGGGCUGCGCCUCCAGCGUGCUGCUGCUCUGUGACCACGAGGCCCUCCUGGACGUCACCGACGCCGUGAGUGGGGAGCGGGGCGGGGUGGCAGGGGGUGGCAGGGGACGGCGGGGGCUGACAGGUGCCUCCGCGUCCCCCCAGCACGGGCAGACCCCCCUGAUGCUGGCGGCGCGGGGGAACCACGCUGCCAUCUGCGCCCAGCUCCUGCAGAGAGGGGCCGACCCCAACCUGGCCGACAAGGACAAGAAGACCGCCCUGAUGCUGGCCUGCGAGCACGGCAGCCUGGAGUCGGCCGAGCUGCUGCUGAGCCACGGGGCGGCCAUGGGGGACGAGGACCGCUGGCGCUACGCGGGACGGACCCCCAGCCGCGCGCUCCGGAAGCCGGGGGAUCGCCGGCGCCGGCCGCCCCCCCCCGCCGGCAUCCGGCAGCAGGUGUGCGGGAGCGCGCGGCUCCUGCCCGGCUGCGAAGCUGGGGACGGGGCGAAGGAUGAGGACGGCGCCUGCCUGGCCCUCUUGGCCCAGCAUGUGGCGGAGCUGAGGAAGAGGAUGAUGGCUGAGGAAGAGAAGGAUGGAGAACACCAAACUGCGGCACAGCUCAACGGCGACGCCAGAGCGCCGGAGCUGGUCCCAUUCCUGACCUGGCUGGGGGAAGAGUGUGCCAAAAUGCAGGCGGCGAAGGCGAGCGCCUUCGCCCGGAGCAAGGGGCUGCGGAAGGAGGUGGAGGAAGCCCUGCGGAGCAAACUGCACUACGAGGUGGUGUCAGCCGACGCCGUCCGGAAAAGCCUGGCGGCUUGGGAGAAGAUGGUGGUGGGGCUGGAGCAGGCGCUGAGCCGCGCCGAUGAGACCCACGCCAAGAUGCUCAAGGGAUCCCGCGUCCUCCUGGAAAACCUCUGGCGGGAGCCGGCGUUGCCGCUCACCGGGAUGGCGCCUUGCCAGUGCCCAAUGAAGAAGCUGCUGGCGGAGACGGAGAAGCUGUCGGCGGAGGUGCUGGGGCUCCGCAGCCAGAACGCCCGGCUCCAGCUCCAGCUGGAGGUCCAGCAGAAAAACCACCGGGACAUCGUGGCCGUCUAUAGGACCCACCUGCUCAACGCUGCCCAGGGGUUCAUGGAUGAGGGGGUGCACGCCAUGCUGCUGCGGAUCCUGCGGACAGAGGAGUGA